AUGGAGGCGAAGAUCACAUACUGUUACAGUCUUCUUCUUCUUCUGUUGGCCAUUGUUAAUGGCCAUGGAGCUUGGGGUAUCUCCAUAGAAGAAGAAAUUGAGUUGGAAAGUGAACUCAGGAUUCAGGGUAUCCCUGGUCUGAAAAGCAUCACAACCGAUUAUGGAGAUGUCUUUGAUUGUGUGGAUAUCUACAGACAACCUUCUCUGAAUGAUCCUUUCCUUGAGAAUCAUAGAAUUCAGAUGAGACCUUCAUCAUUUCCUGCACCUUCCACAGAUGAUUUCCCCAUGAUGUUCGAAUAUGAGGAAGUGGGAUUCAGAGAAGGAUGCCCACUUGGAACAGUUCCGAUUCGAAGAAUACCGAAGGAAGAUAAGCGAAGAGCCAAAGCUUUCUUGAAGACAUAUUCAGAACAACUUGCUAAAGAUAGUAUGCAGCCUUUGGAAGAACCAGGGGCUUACUUUAAAGCUGAGGUGCACACCCAAAGAAAAAGGACCUCAAAAUACUAUGGAGCACAGGCAUUUCUCAAUGUAUAUAACCCUAAAUUGACUACAGACCAGCAGUUCAGUAGAAUUAUGAUGAAGCUCCGGUAUGGCCCUGAGGAUAGUUCUACUUCUUUAGAAGUAGGGUGGGCAGUGUUUCCUGCCUUAUACAAUGACUCCUUCACCAGACUUCAUACAUUUUGGAGUGUGGACUAUCAUAAUAGGAGUUGCAUGGAUGCUCUGUGCAUGGGUUUUGUACAAGUGAGUUCGAAGAUUCCUCUUGGUAUGAAGAUUUCUCACAUCUCUACCUACCUUGGCAAGCAAUAUGAUCUGAAGCUUACCGUUUUCAAGGAUCCAAAAUCUGGUCAUUGGUGGCUACUCUACGGUCGGAACAGCGAGCCGGUGGGGUAUUGGCCGGAGGAUUUGUUGGGGGAUUUCACAAGCCAUAUAACAGAGGGAAAAUGGGGAGGAGAUGUUUAUGGUCUAUUUGCACCUCUUCCACCCAUGGGAAGUGGCCAUAAGUUUGAAGAAUCCAGGAGAGGAGGUUACAGGUCUGCAUGCUACAUCAGAGGGAUUAAGGUCCAAGAACAAUUGGGAGGCAAGUUCUUGGAUGUUGAUGAAGUAGAGAUAGAAGAAAGGGAGGACAUCCCCAUGUGCUACACUGUGGAGGAUCAAGGGAUGUCUAGUAGCUGGGGUUAUACAAUUUAUGUUGGGGGAUCUGGUGGACUAUGUUAUUGGUAA